GAGUUGAUUUAUCAAACUUUCUGACAAUGUCAAUAGGGCACAAUUAGCUUUUUCAUGACAGAAUUUUGAUACGGGUCCUGUAUUGGAUCUUGUCAAUGUAGAUUCUGUCGGUCAGUUCUUCUUUAUUAUCAAGGAGUGACCUCUGGAGAGCAUUGCCAUAAUAUAGAGCAAUUCUGGGUUCUAUAAUUAUUGAAGAAUGCUAGCUAAUUUAGCUAAAAGCAAAAAUACAACAUACAGUAGUAGCUCCAUUAUCCAGAGACUAACCUUUACCUCACAUGUGUUUCCAGUGCCAGAUGAAAGGUUUCAAUCAAUCAGAACAAAACCAUUUAGAUUGUAAGAAGUAUGGCAGACAAUAUACAGGUACCUGGAGGAAUAGUAGCAGCCGCAAGUAAGUUCUUCAUUUCAUUCAAUUGCCCACGUGGAUCAUUGCGUGCACACCAAACAUGUUUGUCUUCAUGGUUCAGAGAACCGUCUACAGGUGAUGAGAGGCUUGGAGGAUGUAGAAGUGUCCGAGUGCGAGAGCUGCUCCUUUGAGGUGACCCUCAACUUGUCAUACAUCGAGGGAGUGUGGACCAGGGAUGGCAUGCGGCUUAAGUCCAAACCCAACUGUCGCAUCAGCACACACGGGAAGACGCAUUUGCUCAUAUUAAGCAGAGUGGCGUUGGCAGAUGUGGGCUUGAUCUCUUUCCAGGCAAAUGGCGUUCAGACCUCCGGCAGACUCACUGUUAGAGCUCGGGACAUCCGCAUUGUCAAGGAACUUCAGGAUGUUGACACUAUGGAACGUCAGUCCGUCAGCUUCUUGUGUGAAGUAAACCAAGUGGAUGUGGAUGGUCGGUGGUACAGAGAUGACUGUAGAAUCCGACCUGGUGACAACAUUAAGAUUAGACAUCAGGGUAAAACCCACACACUGUCUUUUAAGUCGGUCCGGCCGGAGCACGCUGGAGAAAUCCGAUUCACUGCGGAACGCGUCUCAUCUUACGCAACACUUACAGUCAAAGAGCUGCCAGUCCAAAUAGUGCGUCCACUGAGAGUCAAGAUAGCCAUGUACCACCACAGAGGCUUGCUGGAGUGCCAAGUAUCUCGAGCCAACGCUCAAGUCAAGUGGUACAAGAACAACAAGGAGCUUGUGUCCAGCAAAAAGUACCAACUUGUCAGCCAAGACGUUUACAGGCAGCUCACUAUCGAUGACGUCUGCUCCUCGGAUGAAGACACCUACACCUGUGACACAGGAGAUGACAAAACCAGUUGUCAGCUUCUAGUUGAGGAGCAGGCUAUGAGCAUUGUUCGGGGCAUGAGCUCAAUGGAAGUGACAGAACCAGAGCCAGCGCUCUUCCAAGUGGAGACAAGCCUGAAGUCAGGAAGGCCGCCGAGAUGGACCCUGAAUGGGAAAGUGUUGGAGCCCAGCGAAGUGGUGGAUAUGUAUAGGGAGGGAACCAUCCACAGCCUCUGCCUCACUUCCACAGACAGCUCCAUGUCGGGUCCCGUGGUUUUUGUCGCUGGCAAGAGCCGUUCUUCUGCUGAACUUACGGUAAAAGAGCGGCCCCUCCAAGUUGUCCGCAAUUUGGAAGAUGUGGAAGCCAAGGAGAACAGCUCUGUCACUCUGAGCUGCGAGUUUAACCCCUCCCCCAGGGUGGUGAGGUGGUUUAAAGGUCGUACAGCUUUGAAGACUUCAAAUAAGUACAGCAUGAGAAGAGAUCGGAAACGUGCAGAGCUGACAAUCCAUGGCUUGGUAGGGAUGGAUGGAGGGCAGUAUCGCUGCAUGGCGGGGGGUUCGCAGAGCAUAGCACACGUGGAGGUCGAAGAGCGAAAGCUGAAGCUGGUCAGACACCUUGAACCAGUGGAACUUGAAGAAGAUAGCGUCGCCAGUUUCGCUUGUGAACUCAACUAUGUGGUUGCCAACGUCGAGUGGCUCCUCAACAAUGUCCGCCUCUAUUCCAGCACCACAAACAGGAUCCAACACAUGGGCACCAUGCACAGCCUUUUCAUUAAGAAGCUGAGACCGCAGCACAGUCGGGUCACCUUUAGAGCUGGCCUUCUUUCGGAGACGACAACUUUAAAGGUCAAAGAGCGCCCUGCGGUAUUUCUAAGACCUCUGGAAGAUGCAGUUGGGGAAGAACAAGGGGAGAUCUGCCUUCAGUGUGAAGUUUCCAAAGCGUCUGUGAUCCCAGUCUGGAGGAAGAAUGGUAUUGCCCUGACACCUGAUGAAAAGCAUGAGUUGUGCCAGUACGGAAGGUCCCUGGCACUGAUAAUCCAUUACUUGAGCAAAGAUGAUGCUGGGCAGUACACCUGUGAUCUGGGCACCAGCCAAACCAAGGCUAAAGUUACUGUACAUGAUUUACAUAUCACUAUUAUCCACCGCUUGAAGACAACGUCCAUAAUGGAGGGUGAAAGCUGCACUUUUGAAUGUCAACUCUCUCACGUUCUUAGUGAUGAGCCUUUGUGGACCAUCAACGGUCAAGUGGUUGUCUCCAACAGCCACUUCCAGGUCAUCAACAAUGGUCACAAGUACAAGCUGAGGAUUAAAGAUGCAGUUUUGUCCAACGCUGGAGAAGUGAUCUUUGGAAUUAAAGACUUAAGCUGCAGGACAAUGCUCUUUGUCAAAGAGAGGCCAGUGCACAUUUUUAGGGAUCUGCUGAAUGUCAAGACUGUACCAGGUGAGGAUGCGGAGCUGAAUUGUGAGAUCACCAAACCUGAGGUCAGCAUCCACUGGCUGAAAAAUGGCCAUAUGAUCAGGCAGAGUCACAAAUAUAAGAUGAGCGUGGAAAAGAACCUGGCAAGGCUGAUAGUCAAGAAUACCACGAUCAGAGACUCAGGAGAGUACUGCUGUCAGGCUGAUGGGGUUUCCUCCCAUGCCAAACUGGAGGUUAGAGAUCUGCAGCACUCAUUCGAGAAGGAGUUAAAAGACAGCAAAGCAGAGGAAAAAGGUAAAGUGACCCUGGAGUGCGAGACCAGACAGCCAGCCAAAAGAGUGACCUGGCUCAAGGGCAUGAUGCAGCUGAGGUCGAGCAGGAAAUAUGUCAUGAGGCAGAAGGGUGUGGUGCUUUCCCUCACCAUCACUUAUCUGGAGAAAUCGGACACAGAUAUCUACACGUGUGAUGUUGGGACCAUGCAGAGCCGUGCGCAGCUGACUGUGCAGGGCCAGAGGGUGGUGAUUCUAGAUGAACUGGAGGACAUUGAGUGCCUUGAAAGUGAUACAGUCACCUUCAAAUGUCAAAUCUGUCCCAGUGACUACACAGCAGUAAAGUGGUACUUGGACGAGACUCUACUCUACAAUAAUCAGCUUAAUGAAAUCCAGAUGCUGGCGGGUGGCUACCACACGCUGACAUUUAGACAGCUAGCCCGCAAAGAUACUGGUACCAUUUCGUUUUCAGCCGGUGACAAACGAUCAUAUGCGUCACUGUUGGUCAGAGAGAGACGUCCAACAAUUUGCAAAGCCCUCGAGGACUGUGAGGCUAUUGAAGGAGGGGGUCUAGUUUUGUCCUGCGUGACCUCAAAGCCAUGCCACAUCCUCUGGUACAAAGAUUGUUGCUUGAUGUGGAACUCGUCAAGGUACUUUGCAAGUCGUUCGGGAUGUGAGGCUCGGCUGGCAAUUCGAGAGGUCUGCCAAAGUGAUGCUGGGGUGUAUGAGUGCAGUGCUGGAUCUGUUUCAACAAGGGCUGUUGUAACCGUCAAAGCUAUCCCAGCUGAAUUCACGAAGCCUCUGCAGGACGUAGAGUCCCGAGAAGGUGAAACCGCUACAUUGACCUGUGAAUACUCUCUGCCGGGAGUCCAAUUCCACUGGAAAAAAGGCAGUGAGAGCCUCAGGCCUGGAGACAAGUACGUGAUGAAACAGAGACAGACCAUCAAUUCACUCAUCAUCCGAGCUGUGAAGCCGGAGGACUCGGGGGAGUACACCUGUCAAUGCAGGGGCCACCACACUACAGCAAAGCUCAAAGUGCAAGCCAUUCCGAUUACAUUCAUCCAGCAACUGAAGAACCUGCAUGCAGAGGAAGGGAGCAAUGUCAUUUUGCGAUGCGAACUCUCCAAAUCUGGAAUACCAAUCGAAUGGAUGAGAGGCCAAGAAGUGUUGAAGAAUGGAGUGAAGUACCAGAUGAGAAGAUGGGAGACAACAUUAGAGCUUUUGAUAUGGAAAGCUGUUCCUGAAGACAGUGGACUUUACAAGUGUUUGUGUGCUGAUCAGGUCACAUCCGCCACUGUCAAAGUCAAAGCUCUGCCACUCACCUUCAAGCAGAAGCUGCACAACGUAAGCUUCGAGGAGGGCAAUAUGGCAACGUUGAGAUGUGAGCUUUCCAAAGCAUCUCUCUUUGUGGAGUGGUGGAAGGGCGGUGAUGAGCUCAUCAAGAAUAGUGACAAAUAUCACAUGCGCCAGAGUGACACACUGAUCGAACUGAGGAUCCUAGAUGUGACGCCAGAAGACAGCAACAUCUACACCUGCAUUUGUGGGAGCAUAGAAACCACAGCGACCCUCACUGUGAAUGCACUCCCCAUCACCUUCAAGCAAAAGCUGAAGAACCUUCAAGUGGAAGAAGGACACAACAUCACGCUGUCUUGUGAGAUCUCCAAGCCUGGCGUUGCUGUGGAGUGGAGGCUCGCCGGUGAGCUUCUUGAGGAUGGGGAAAAGUACCAGAUGAAGCAGAGAGGCUCCGUGCUCACCCUGACGAUCAGAGAUGCUCUGCCGGAGGACAGCGGCAUAUACGCCUGUGUCUGCAGAGACCAGAAGACAAAGGCCACAGUUAAAGUCGUUGCGAUCCCCGCCACGUUUAAAGGGAGUCUGAAAAGCCAGGAGGCGGAGGAGGGCAGUAGUGUGACACUCCGCUGCCAAUUGUCAAAAACAGAUGCCCGAGUAGAAUGGCAGAAAAAUGGACAGGUGCUGUCUGAGGAGAUGUCCGGAAGAAAGUAUCAGUUGAAGCUUGAAGGGCAGACAGCUGAGCUGACCAUUGUCAGCGUAGAAGUGGAGGAUGCGGGGAGGUACAGCUGUAUUACAGGAGAUGAGAAAACAACUGCCGAACUCAAAGUGAAAUCACUUCCAGUCACAUUCAAACAUGGGCUCAAGAAUUUGGAGGUGAAGGAAGGCGACAGGGGGCUUUUCUGCUGUGAGCUCUCCAAACCUGGAGCUCCAGUGGAGUGGAGGAAAGGUCGUGUACUUCUGAGCAGUGGAGGCAAGUAUGAGAUGAAGCAGGAAGGGCCUUACACCAAGAUGGUUGUCAACAACGUGCAAGACAGCGAUGCUGGGAAAUACUUUUGCAAAACUAAGGACAGCCAAUCAACUGCAGAGCUGUCUGUCCAGGGUUUACCACCACGUUUCACGCUCAUGCUUGCCAACCAGGAGGUGAUUGAAGGCAACAGUGUGUUUCUGCGCUGUGAGCUGAACAAACCUGCCCACUCAGUGGAGUGGAGGAGAGGAUGCUUGGUGUUGAGGCAAGGAGACAAGUACCAGAUGAGGAAAAAGGAUUUGCAGCUGGAGAUGACUAUUAAUGAUGUCACUCUCGAAGAUGCUGGUGAUUACACCUGUACUUGUGGUGAAGAAACUACUACAGCUUUCCUUGCAGUGAACGAACGGCCUGUCAAAUUCCUCCAUGAACUGAGUAACAUUGAAGUGCAAGAAGGCAACGGGGUAACACUUUGCUGCCAGCUCUCCAAAGCAGGGCUCACUGCUCAGUGGAUGAAGGGAGAUGAGUUGUUAACCAAUGGUGAGAGGUAUCAGCUGAAGCAGAGAGGCUCCACACUGGAGCUGCUCAUCGACAAGAGUCAGCCUGAAGACAGUGGUAUUUACAGCUGCAUCUGUGAAGACAUUAAAACUACUGCUACAAUCAUCAUAACCGCAAUUCCAGUGAUGUUCAAGCAAAAGUUGAAGAACCAAGAAACAGUGGAGGAGAGCAGUGUGAUGCUCUACUGCGAGCUCUCCAAACCAGGAGUUCCGGUUGAGUGGAGAAAGGAUGCUCAGCUCCUGAGGGAGGGAGCCAAAUAUCAGAUGAAGCAAGAGGGCAGGGUGUGUGAGAUGCUGAUCGCAGAUCUUACUCUCAAGGAUACUGGCGAAUACAGCUGCUCUGGUGGUUCAGCUGUUACUUCCGCUGAGAUCAAAGUAAGAGCUCUUCCGGUUACAUUUAAGCAAGAAGUUCAGAAUUUGGAGCUGAAGGAAGGUGACAGUGGAGUGUUCUGCUGCGAGUUGUCCAAACCUGACGCACCAGUGGACUGGAGGAAAGGAAGAGUCAUCCUUAAGCCUGGUUACAAAUAUGAAAUGAAACAGGAGGGAAAUUUCACCAAACUGUUUGUCAACCAUGUAGAAGAAUGUGACGCUGGGAAGUACACUUGCAAGACAAAAGACAGCCAAUCAACUGCUGAGCUCAUCGUGAUAGCACCUCCCAUCACAUUCAAAACCAAGUUAAAGAACCUCCAAGUGGAAGAGGAGAACAGCGUGACAUUGAUAUGUGAAUUGUCCAAACCCGGCCUUUCUGUUGAGUGGAGGAAAGGCCAGGAGCUGCUGAAGAAUAAUUUCAAAUACCAGCUAAGAAAUCGAAACAGCAUGCUGGAGCUGACCAUCAAAAACACCCAGCUGGACGACAGUGGAGUCUACAGUUGUAUCUAUGGUGAUACCAAGACCGUAGCCAACAUCACUGUGACACCUAUUCCCCUCACCUUUAAGAUGGGUUUGAAGAACCAGGAGGCCGCUGAAGGAGGCAACGUGACCCUACGAUGUGAACUGUCCAGGAGUGGGAUGUCUGUACAGUGGUGGAAGGGAGAGGACCAGCUCCAUCAAGGUGGGAGGUAUCAGAUGACCCUCAAGGAGAACGUAGCUGAGAUGAGCAUCAGAAACAUCCAGCCGGAGGACGUUGGGGAGUACAGUUGUGUCUUUGGCGAGCAGAAGACAACUGCUGAAGUGAAUGUGAGAGCGGCGGCAUCCGUUUUCUUUGAGAAGGAACUGGAGAGCCAAGCGGUGACAGAGGGCAAAUCGGUGCUGCUGUCAUGUGAAGUUUCCAGUGCAAAUGUCCCGGUCACUUGGAAGAAGGACAACACGGUCAUUGAAGCUGGGGCACGACUAAUUAUUACCAAAAAAGGACCUAUGCAUAUGCUGGCGAUCAAGGAGCUGAACCUGGAGGAUGCUGGCGAAUACUGUUGCAUCACCAGGGGCAAGAAGACCGCUGCCAAGUUGAUUGUGAGGGAGCGGGUACGAAUCGUUACAGAGCUUAAAGACAUCACUGUAACUGCGGGGGAAGAUGCCAUGUUUGUGUGCGAGCUGAGCCAUGCCAAUGUGAAUGAGGGUGUGUGGUGGCUGGACUCCAGUCCGCUGCAGAGGAACGAUAUGAACCAGAUGACAUGCCAAGGUCGCACACACCGACUUGUUCUCACCAUGACAACACCUGACGAGACAGGCAUUGUGGCAUUUGUGAUCGGGGAAGAAAGGACAUCGGCGAGUCUUUUGGUGGUGCCAAAGGUCAAAGUUUUAUUUGAGGAGAAGCCUCAAGAUGUUCGAAUCUCAGAAGGAGAAAUUGCUACUUUGUCCUGCACAACCUCUGACUUCACCACCCCGGUUACCUGGAGGCACAACCAUAUCCCUCUCCGAAAUGGCGACAAAUUUGAGAUACGAAAGGAGGGAAAAGUCAACUUACUGCUCAUCCAUGCCGUGGAGCCCCGGGAUGCUGGAGUUUACUCUUGUGAUACAGGCGAUGCACAGGCCAGUGCCAAGCUUACUGUGACAGAGCUGCCCCCAUUCUUCCAGGAAGAGUUGCAAAGCAUUGAGACUGAGGAGGGAGGUAUCGCCUCCCUGCGCUGUGAACUGUCCAAAAUCGGGUUGCCAGUACAAUGGAGGAAGAACAGUUUGCCACUUCGGGCUGGCAGGAAGUACGAGAUGAAGCAGGAUGGCUGCUUCCUUCAGCUUUACAUCAAGGAGCUUAAACUUGAGGACAGUGGCAGCUACACCUGUCAAGCAGGAAAUGCAGAAACUACUGCUACUGUUACAGUCAAAGAGCUACGGCCGUUCUUCAAGAAAGAUUUGGAAAAUGUGCGGGCGGAUGAGGGCGGCUCCGUUUCUUUGAGCUGUGAGGUGUCUAAACCUGGAUUGCCAGUUCAAUGGAAAAAGAACAAGCUUCCUCUGAGCGCCAACAGGAGGUAUGAGAUGAAGCAAGAUGGCUGCCUUUUCCAGUUUAGCAUUGUGGACCUCAAACCUGAAGACAGUGGCAGCUACUCAUGUCAUGUAGGAAGUGUAGAAUCAACUGCAACUAUCAUAGUGAAAGAACUCCCACCAUUUUUCAAAGAAAACUUACAGAAUGUAAAGGGUGAGGAGGGAGGUAUCGCCUCCCUGCGCUGUGAACUGUCCAAAAUCGGGUUGCCAGUACAAUGGAGGAAGAACAGUUUGUCACUUCGGGCUGGCAGGAAGUACGAGAUGAAGCAGGAUGGCUGCUUCCUUCAGCUUUACAUCAAGGAGCUUAAACUUGAGGACAGUGGCAGCUACACCUGUCAAGCAGGAAAUGCAGAAACUACUGCUACUGUUACAGUCAAAGAACUCCCACCAUUUUUCAAAGAAAACUUACAGAAUGUAGAGGGUGAUGAGGGAGGUAUCGCCUCCCUGCGCUGUGAACUGUCCAAAAUCGGGUUGCCAGUACAAUGGAGGAAGAACAGUUUGCCACUUCGGGCUGGCAGGAAGUACGAGAUGAAGCAGGAUGGCUGCUUCCUUCAGCUUUACAUCAAGGAGCUUAAACUUGAGGACAGUGGCAGCUACACCUGUCAAGCAGGAAAUGCAGAAACUACUGCUACUGUUACAGUCAAAGAGCUACGGCCGUUCUUCAAGAAAGAUUUGGAAAAUGUGCGGGUGGAUGAGGGCGGCUCCGUUUCUUUGAGCUGUGAGGUGUCUAAACCUGGAUUGCCAGUUCAAUGGAAAAAGAACAAGCUUCCUCUGAGCGCCAACAGGAGGUAUGAGAUGAAGCAAGAUGGCUGCCUUCUCCAGUUUAGCAUUGUGGACCUCAAACCUGAAGACAGUGGCAGCUACUCAUGUCAUGUAGGAAGUGUAGAAUCAACUGCAACUAUCAUAGUGAAAGAACUCCCACCAUUUUUCAAAGAAAACUUACAGAAUGUAGAGGGUGAGGAGGGAGGUAUCGCCUCCGUGCGCUGUGAACUGUCCAAAAUCGGGUUGCCAGUACAAUGGAGGAAGAACAGUUUGCCACUUUGGGCUGGCAGGAAGUACGAGAUGAAGCAGGAUGGCUGCUUCCUUCAGCUUUACAUCAAGGAGCUUAAACUUGAGGACAGUGGCAGCUACACCUGUCAAGCAGGAAAUGCAGAAACUACUGCUACUGUUACAGUCAAAGAGCUACGGCCGUUCUUCAAGAAAAAUUUGGAAAAUGUGCGGGUGGAUGAGGGCGGCUCCGUUUCUUUGAGCUGUGAGGUGUCUAAACCUGGAUUGCCAGUUCAAUGGAAAAAGAACAAGCUUCCUCUGAGCGCCAACAGGAGGUAUGAGAUGAAGCAAGAUGGCUGCCUUCUCCAGUUUAGCAUUGUGGACCUCAAACCUGAAGACAGUGGCAGCUACUCAUGUCAUGUAGGAAGUGUAGAAUCAACUGCAACUAUCAUAGUGAAAGAACUCCCACCAUUUUUCAAAGAAAACUUACAGAAUGUAGAGGGUGAGGAGGGAGGUAUCGCCUCCCUGCGCUGUGAACUGUCCAAAAUCGGGUUGCCAGUACAAUGGAGGAAGAACAGUUUGCCACUUCGGGCUGGCAGGAAGUACGAGAUGAAGCAGGAUGGCUGCUUCCUUCAGCUUUACAUCAAGGAGCUUAAACUUGAGGACAGUGGCAGCUACACCUGUCAAGCAGGAAAUGCAGAAACUACUGCUACUGUUACAGUCAAAGAGCUACGGCCGUUCUUCAAGAAAGAUUUGGAAAAUGUGCGGGCGGAUGAGGGCGGCUCCGUUUCUUUGAGCUGUGAGGUGUCUAAACCUGGACUGCCAGUUCAAUGGAAAAAGAAUAAGCUUCCUCUGAGGGCCAACAGGAGGUAUGAGAUGAAGCAAGAUGGCUGCCUUCUCCAGUUUAGCAUUGUGGACCUCAAACCUGAAGACAGUGGCAGCUACUCAUGUCAUGUAGGAAGUGUAGAAUCAACUGCAACUAUCAUAGUGAAAGAACUCCCACCAUUUUUCAAAGAAAACUUACAGAAUGUAAAGGGUGAGGAGGGAGGUAUUGCCUCCCUGCGCUGUCAGGUGUCGAAGCCCGACACUGCCAUACAAUGGAAGAAGAACAAGUUGCCAUUAAGAGCAAGCAACAAGUAUCAGAUGGCACAGGAUGGCUGCCUCCUGCAGCUCAAAAUCAGUGACCUCAAACCUGAGGAUGAAGGUAGCUAUACAUGUGAAGCAGGAAGCGAAGAAACCACUGCAACUAUUUCUGUAAAAGAAUUCCCAGUUAUAUUCAAAGCUGACUUGCAGAGUACAGAGGCAGAGGAAGGAGAUAAAGCCUUCCUAUCCGGUGAGCUGUCUAAACCUGGAGUGCCAGUUCAGUGGAAAAAGAACAAGCUUCCUCUGAGGGCAAAUUGGAAAUAUGUAAUGAAACAAGAUGGCUGUCUUCUUCAGCUGAACAUUAUGGACCUCAAACCUGAAGAUAGCGGAACAUACACAUGUCAAGCAGGAAGUGCAACGAGUUCAGCAACUCUAACUGUGAAAGAGUUGCCAUUAUUCUUCAAACAACAAUUGCAAAGUGUGGAGACAGAGGAGGGCGGUUCAGUCUCUCUGUACUGUGAAUUGUCUAAACCUGGAGUGCCAGUGCAAUGGAAGAAGAACAGGCUGCCUUUGAAGGCCAGCAGGAAGUUUGAGAUGAAACAAGAUGGCUCCCUCCUUCAGCUCAACAUCAGUGACCUCGAGCCUGAGGAUGGCGGUAGAUACACAUGUCAAGCAGGCAGUGCAGAGACCACUGCAACACUGUCUGUAAGAGAGCGCCCAAUCUCAUUCGAAAUCGAAUUGCAAAGUAUGGAGGCAGAAGAAGGAGACACAGCCGUUCUGUCCUGUGAGCUGUCGAAACCUGGAGUGGCAGUGCAAUGGAAAAAGAACAGACUGCCUCUGAGGGAUGACAGGAAGUAUGCGAUGAAACAAGAUGGCUGCCUUCAACAACUCGCCAUAAUUGACCUUAGACCCGAAGACAGCGGAAGCUACACAUGCUAUGCGGGAACUGCAGAGACUUCUGCAACUCUAGCUGUGAGAGAGCUUCCAUUAUUCUUCAAAGAAAAAUUACAAAGAGUGGAGAUAGAAGAGGGAUGUUCAACAUCUCUGUUCUGUGAGCUGUCAAAACCUGGAGUGCCAGUGCAAUGGAAGAAAGACAAACUGCCUUUGAGGGCCAACAAGAAGUACGAGAUGAAACAGGAUGGCUGCCUUCUACAGCUCAACAUCAAGGACCUCAAAUUGGAGGACAGUGGUAGUUACUCAUGUCAAGCAGGAAGUGCAGAGACUGCAACCACUUUAUCAGUGAAAGAGCUCCCGCCAUUGUUUGUGACAGGCCUACAAAGUGCAGAGCGAGAUGAGGGAACCUCAUUCUCUCUAUGCUGUGAGCUCUCUAAACCUGGGGUGCCAGUGCAAUGGAAAAAAAACAAUCUGCCUCUCAGGGCCAACAAGAAGUAUGAGAUGAAGCAAGAUGGCUGCCUUCUUCAGCUCAACAUCGAGGAUCUUAAACCUGAGGACAGUGGCAGCUACACAUGUCAAGCAGGGAGUGCAGAAACCACAGCAACUCUUUCUAUCAAAGCGCUCCCUCCACUGUUCAAGAAAAAGCUACAAAGGAUAGAGGCAGACGAGGGGGCUACAGCUGUCCUGUCUUGCGAGCUGUCGAAACCUGAAGUCUCAGUACAGUGGAAGAAGAAUGCGCUGCCAUUGAAAGCUGACAGGAAGUAUGACAUGAAACAGGAUGGCUGUCUGCUUCAGCUUCAUAUUAAGGAGCUCCAUCUUGAAGACUGUGGGAGCUACACAUGUCAAGCAGGAAGUGCAGAGACCACUGCAACUGUGUCUGUAAAAGAACUGCCUUGCUUUUUCAAGAAAGAAUUGCAAAACACCGAAACGGAAGAGGGAGCCACAGCAGUCUUGUGUUGUGAACUGUCCACACUUGGUGUGUCGGCACAGUGGAAAAAAAAUGGAAUUCCACUAAGAGCAAACAGGAAGUAUGCGAUGAAGAAGGAUGGCUGUUUGCUGCAACUUCAUAUCAAGGAGCUAAAUCCAGAAGAUAGUGGAAUUUACUCAUGUCAAGCAGGAAAUGCAGAAACCACUGCAGCGGUGUCUGUAAAAGCACCUGAGACUACUUUGUCAAAGAAUGAACCCCCCAUGGUACGACCGCGAACAAGGAGUACCACCUCCGAACCCGAGAAUGUGAAUCUCCCCAAUGCACACCCAAUCCCUCCUGAACCCAAGACGAGGACAGUGCGAAAAGCAUCGAUCACUGCUGUAGAACAAGAUGGAGAGGCCAUGGUUAAUAUCAAACAGCCCAUUCAGUCUUUGCAAAUAGAAGACCAGAAGGCGAUGCAGACUGAAAAACCGACAGAAAAUGCUCAGUACAAUGUGGACCAAAAUGUGGAGGUUUCCGCAAGACCAGCAAAUCUAGAUGAGAAGGAGCAUGUGAUUGAAAGAGUUGAGACGGAGAAGAUUCAACCAGCAAAGCCACAAAUGAAGGCAGAACUCAGUCAACCAGGCAGAAAUCUUGGAAAUAAUGGUGUUGAUCAACAGAAGCAGUUUUUUAAAUCUCUGGAAACAAAUCCAACGCAAAACGAAAAACCAUUCGAAAAAGUCAGAGAAGUUGAAAUACUUGAUGACCACCCAGAAACAACAUUGUGGAAGAGAGUUGAGGAGGAGAAAAAGGUUAUGAAACCAUCAACAACAGCCUUUGAGAUCGAAACAUUGGAACCAGAUGUUAAGGAUAGUGAUGUGGGGAAGACUGGGGACGGUGUGUUACCUCCUGUGAGGUCAAAAGGAAAAGCAGCAAGAGGAAGAGAGACUCCUGAAGUUGUUAAAAAAGAAACUGAGGAGUUCACUCUUCAGCCAUCAGACGCUGCCCUCAAUGAUUCUAGGGAUGGGAAUACACUGAGAAACCACGUAAAAGAACUCGCGGCCACAGAGAAAGUAGAGGAGCAAGUGAUACAAGUACCAUCAGUAAAUCAGCUGGACAGCCACUCCGGAAAAAGAAAAGAACUGCAUCAAGAUAUAAGGACUGAACCUAUUCCCCCAAAGCCACCUGUGAGGUCAAAGAGCAAAACUAGGACAGGAAUGGAAAAACGACUAUCAAGAGACACUGAAACACAUCAAGAUGAACAAGUGGUGACAACGGCCAAAGCUCAGCUACUAAAAGAGACGGGAAGGUCGUUGAAAGACGAAGAAUCAAGACUUGAGAAAAAACAGUCGGCAUCAGCAGACGCUGAUAUGGUGGAAAAGUUGGUUCUACCCAAACAGCUGAUAAAACAUCCAGUCAAACCUAUGAGAAAAGAACCUGAAAUGGACAAAGAAGUUGCUGCCGGAUCAAUGGCAAGGAAGGACGACCACCAAGAAGUGCCAAUGAUGGAAGAAAUUCCUCUCCUCUACAUCUCUGAAGAUGAAACUUUCUCAGAAGCUUUGACCGAGAUCCCCAUAAUCGAACCCGGUGGCUUCUAUGAUGAAACGUCAACCCAACCCUACACCCAGCCUAUCAUUUUGGAUCUCCAGAAGCCAGUCCAGGAUGCUUCACCAGAGGUUUACAUCAGUGCUGAAGAUGAACCACAAAUGCAAGAAGCAACCGUCAAGAUCCAGACUCCCUUAAAAGGCUACGAAACUGGCAAAGAUACACGGCCGGUCUUGAAAGAGGUCUUUAGCAACCAGUGUGCAGAUGUUGAUGGUAACAUCACUCUAGUGUGUAUUAUAGAAGGACAUUAUGACAGCGUGUGCUGGCUUAAAGAUGGUCAAACAAUCAGUAGUGAUGAACGACAUUGUAUUGAAGCCGCAGAGGGUGGAGUAUGCUCUCUAGUUAUCACUCAACUGACCCUUAGUGACAGUGGCAUCUACACAUGUGAGGUGGUCAAUAAAUCUGGUAUGACGUCCUACAGUGGAAACAUAACCGUGGUUCCGCUACAACAGCCUGCUCAGACAGUCGGCAGGCAAGUGCACCCACCUCUCGCCGCAAUUACUCCACUGCAGUUGGCCCCACUGAGGCCUGAGGACAAAACACAGAUUCAAGAUCAGGCCACUUCGGGGACCGAUGCUGAUAACUAUGUCGAGAAUAUCGACGUCUCUUUGUGGGAGGCCUACAACCUGACAGAGCAGCACAUUCAGAUGGGCCAACAAAAGAGGAGACCAUCGUCUCUCAUCGCCACCAGCUCCGUGUCAAGUCCAUCUGAUUAUGACACUGCACCAGAUGUGAUUGAACCUGUCGAAAUUAUGACCCAUCCAGCAAGGGAACUUCCUGAGGCAACAGACCAGAUGCCUCCGAAGGACUUGAAACAACACUCUGCUGAUCCCUGCCUUCUCAAGACCUUUUUACAAGUUCAAGGCACCCAAGAAGACCAAAUGAGAACACCAUCUCCUAAACACCUUAGGGCGCACACACCUUUAGCUAGCACUGUCUCUGGAUCAGAAUCCGAAGGGGAAGAGGAUCAACGCGAGACAUUUGAAAUGUAUGUGGCGAGAGCAGCCUGCAACCCCAACAGUGGAAGCAAGGACAGUUUUUUACUGAAGGAGGGUCAAUUCGUCGAGGUUCUAGACUCUGUCCAUCCAGACAAAUGGCUCGUGAGAACCAAACCCACCAAAACCAACGCUGCCCGACAGGGAUGGGUGUGUCCGGCCUACCUAGAGAAGAAGAGAAAGGAGGCCUUCACACAAUUGCGGGCACCUCAAGAGGAUCUUGAUGGAAUCGGUUCCACGGGAGAAGAGUAUAGGAGGGCUUUGAGCCAACUGAUUCAAGGACUGAUUGAUGGUGAAGAGGAGUUUGUGAAGGAAACGAGGCUGUUUAUUUCUCAUCCACUAAAUUACUUGGACUCAAGUCUCAAUGUUCCUAUCCACAUCAUCAACCAGAAAGAUAUCAUUUUCAGAAAUAUAAAGGACAUUGUCCUUCUUCAUGAGAAGUCUAUUCUCCCUGGGUUGAGAGCAUGUACUACGGAUGAUGACGUCGCUAUGCAUCUGAUCCGUCACUUUGAGGACCUUGAAAAGUAUGUUCACUACAUGCUCGGACAAACACAAGCAGAGGCCUGCAUUGCUGAUAAAGCUACCCAACAAUAUCUCAAAGAGUUACCAGGAUCCGGUAGACCCGAGGCUCCCGUCAUAGAUACCUUGACCUUCAUCCAAAGACCAGUUGAAAGGAUUCAGACAUAUCAAGCAUUGCUGAAGGAGCUAAUUAAGAACAAGGCCAAAAGCGGCCAGAGCUGUUGUUUGUUGGAGGAUGCAUUCUCCCUUGUGUCCUGUCUACCCUGGAGGUCUGACAAUCUGCACCAGGUCUCCCUCAUUGAAAACUACCCCGCCCCUUUGUCUGCCCUGGGCGAGCCUGUGCGGCAGGGAGCCUUCACUGUGUGGGAUGAAACGCCAGACACUAAAAAGACCUCUAGAGGGCAUCAGAGACAAGUCUUUCUGUUCAAGGAAUGUAUUGUCCUAUGCAAACUGAGAAGAGAUGCCAGUAAGAGCUGUGAUGUGUAUACCUUCAAGAAUAAAAUGAAGCUGAAUGAUGUUGAGCUACGGGAAACAAUGGGAGGUGACGAGAAGACUUGGGAGCUGUGGCAUGAGCACAGGGGCUCGGUGCGGAGAUAUGCACUGCAGGGCCGUUCACCACUGGUGAGACUUUCCUGGCUCAAAGACCUGAAGGAGCUGCAGCAACGAUCCAUCCUGCCCACUAACAACCCCCCUGUGUUUACAUCACUGCUAUCGGAUUGCACGGCAAAGAUCGGGCAGACAGUCAAACUGAGCUGCAAGGUUACAGGAUCGCCCCAGCCAGUGAUCACUUGGCUCAAAGAUGGCCUUGUGUUGGAGGAUGACCCUCGGCACAUCAUCACAGCGGACAGAUCCGGCACGUGCAUUCUGAUCUUGGACAGUUUAACUGCAGAAGACUCUGGACAAUAUCUGUGCUACGCUAACAGCAGCAUGGGCAGCACUGGCACUCUGGCUACUGUUGUAGUGCAGGCUCCACCUAGAUUUAUUAGUCGGCUGGAAAGUACUUGUCUGAUCGAGAGUGAGGACCUUCACUUUACUUGUUCCACUCUCACAACUCCUGUUCCCCGAAUCAGGUGGAUGAAAGAUGGCAAAGAGUUGAGUGACACGCAAAAAUAUUCAGUCUCGAAUGACCGUCGAAGUGGAAUUUUGUCUCUCACAGUCGUCAGUGCAACAGAGGCAGACAUCGGACUUUAUGAGUGUGAGCUUUCGAAUGAGUUUGGUUGUGUCAAGUGCAAGGCCGGUCUGUGCCCCUCAUAUGUCGCCCCGAAUGAAUCUGAGAGUGACCAGACGCAUGACCUACCUCCAAAAGAUGAAGACUCAGAGGGUUGGUCCUCUGCCUUUGUGAAGAAGUGGCUACAAACAGAUUUCACCCCCUCUUCUAUUGCUGAAGGGCUUUUUCCACCCAUUCAUGAACCAGCUGAGGGUGGUAUUGCAGAGGUUCCUCAGCCAGCAUGCAUGGAUCAGCCAGCACAGCCACAGGCUCCAUGUUACCUGGAGGAAGAAGAAGAAGAAAUCUACAUCUCGGAGCAAAUGCAAGAAAUAACAGAUGUUCCUCCCUUCAUCCAAGUACCCCCUGAAGAUGUGUGUGUUGAACCAGGCCAACCAGCCACAUUUACCGUCAUCAUAACGGGAAGGCCCAUGCCACAGAUACAGUGGUACAAGAAUGGGGAAGAACUUCCAGCCAGUCACAAUGUGGAGAUCGUUCAACAUGCCGCCCGCUGUUCAGUGACCAUCGUGUGCCCGGAAGUUGAAGACAGUGGCAUUUACACGUGCUUCUCUUACAAUGACUCUGGCCAUGUGUCGUGUCAGGCUCAUCUUACCGUUGAGGAAGGUCCACUGGGGUCUCAGGAGAGAGAGAUGGAGUUGGGGAAGAGAAGGAAGUUAUUCACUGUCUAUGAUGUGGGUGACGAAAUUGGAAGGGGAACAUUUGGUGUAGUGAAGCGUGUGAUCCAUAGAGGGACAGGUGAAGUCUUUGCUGCCAAAUUCUUACCCCUGCGAAGUAGCACCCGCACACGAGCCUUCAAGGAGAGGGAUUUGCUCUCUCGUCUGGCUCAUCCAAGGGUGGCUUGUCUACUGGACUUCUUUUGCACUCGGCGCACACUGGUGCUCAUUACAGAAAUCUGCUGUUCUCAUAGCCUUGUUGACCAUUUGUUACUCAGAGGUUUGGUCUCAGAGAAAGAGGUUCAGUCAUAUAUCCAGCAAAUUCUUGAAGGAGUUGGUCAUAUUCAUAGCAUGAACAUUUUGCAUCUGGACAUCAAACCAGAGAAUAUCCUUAUGGUAUAUCCACCCAGAGAUGAAAUCAAGAUCUGUGACUUUGGCUUCUGUCAGGAAGUAGACACAUCCAGACAUCUGUACAGCAUGUUUGGUACGCCGGAGUUUGUUGCACCCGAAAUUGUUCACCAAGAACCUGUCAGUGUGGGCACAGAUAUUUGGUCUGUGGGUGUGAUGACCUAUUUAUGUCUGUUAUGUCGUUGCCCGUUUGCGGGUGAAACGGACCGUGCUACACUGCUGAGAGUGGGAGAAGGGACCCUAAACUGGGAUGCCCAUGACGUCAUGAGUAGGAGUCCUGAAGCCCAGGCCUUUCUUCGCAGUCUUCUUCAACCAGACCCCGAGAAGCGACCAUCUGCCUUUGAAUGCUUGAGCCAUGAAUGGUUCCAGGAUGAACAUGCAGGAGAAGACACGGACGAAAUUAACACAAAGGGUUUAAAGUUAUUCAUCUCAAAAAGAAAAUGGCAGCGGUCCUUGACUUGUGUUGGUUCGGUGCUCACAUUAAGGCAAAUUCCAGAGCUCCUGGAUGCUCCUCUCAGAGAUACCGCAGUGACUGUUCCCCGUGAACACCAGCAGAACAGCAGCACCUCUAUGAGCAGUGGUUCAUCAUCCGAUUACGAUGAGGCUGACUCUUGGGACUUCUUCCAGCACUACAGCCCGACAGAGGAGGAGGAAGAAACAGAAGAGGACUAUGACCCUUUGAGCGAGAGAGCGCGGAUCCCUGAACCCUUUACCCAACUUCAGCAAGGUCCAUAUGAGGAGGAAGAAGUAACGUUUGGGGAGGGAGAGGAGGAGGACGAUGACGAGCUGGCUGGUAGGAGGAGCGUGUUAGAACGGAGUGUGAGUAGGCAGUCUGUUGCCUCAUCAGAUGUUUCGUACCUUCAAACACCUCAGAAUGAAAGAAGGUUCGACAAGGGCAGUAGUCCGUCUCUCCACUUUUCUGAUGGUGAUGAAGGUUCUGGGAGCGAUGCGGGUCGAAUCCCUCGUGGCAGCGUGAUCCGGAGCACUUUCUACAGCUCAUCUCAUCAGCUUUCACCCAUGUCAGCCAGACGCAUGACAUUACGGGAUAAAUUUCAGGCCAAAAAGCAGGAAAGAGGUCGCAAGCCACUACGGAGGAGCUUGUCAGGGCGCCUCAAUGAACCGCUCAUAGAAUACGUGGAGGAUGACACGGAGACCAACCGAAGCCAGAGGCGUGGGUCCACCCAACCCACAAUGCAAAAGUCUACCUCCUUUGAUGGCAGUGUCACCCGAACCAAUGUUCCACCUCAUAGAAGGAGCAGGUCUCUUGAUGACUACUCUCGGCGAUCUCCAAGCUCACCCAAGCCCUCAAAAGCCGGUGACGAAGAAGGUACGCAAAGUUUGAAGGAGGAUUUCACAGACGAUGAAGUGGGAGGAAAGAAAUUGCUGAUGAUUCCAAGCCCUCUGAGACCCGUAAGAAGAAGAGGUUCCGCUAUUCCCGUACAGGGCACUGCAACAUUGGGUGGUGGAUCUGCUCCAUUAAGUCUACUUGUGGGUGACAGGAUGAGCGAUAGGAUAGAGCAGGAACAUUCAGAGGGCGACGCCUUCACUGGCUCCCAGGGUUCCUUGGCUGGCUCAUCUAUUUUGGAGCAUGGCGGCUCUGAGUCUUCCAGUAGACUCGGUUCAUAUGAAGAGCUCAGAGGGAGGUACAGAUCAGAAGAGAGUGAAGGGUAUGAUGACCCAAGGGAGCCCAGGACUUCAUCAUCCCCUCGCUCAUUUCAAGAACUCAAACCAAGAGGCCCCUUUCCUCAAGUUCCUCCACGCAAUCGCACACGCUCCAACCCCAACAUGUGUCACUUGCAGAUGUCAUCAACCCCAAGUCCAAGUCCGAGCCUCUCCUCUCUCCAGGCUCCCAAAAGGCCACCCAGGACAAAAGAUAAGAAGGAAAGCCACGGCCUUCAAAGACAUGCAUCUGCGCCAGCUCUUGAAGUCCAGCCGUCCGCAGGAAAAUCCCCAAAACUGGGACUGCUGAAUAUCUUCCGCAGGCAGUCCUGGGCUAGCCAUUCCUACUCUCAGCUGGACAGCACAGAGUUAGGACCAACGCUAGGAGAGAUAAUGAAGCCAGCUACGCCUACCAUGUCAUUCAGAAAGAAAAUGAGAGCUUCAGCUUCCAGUUUGACUAAGCUGUUUUCAAGGUCGUCCAGUAAAGAGGAUCUAAGUCAAGGAGGGCCAAUUGUUAAGGGCUCAAUUUUGCCUGAAAAGGAGCAUGGGCUUGAAAGUCCAAAAACGAGAAGCUCCAUGCGCCUGCCUACUUUUAAGAUACCAGCAUUCAAAAAAUCGAAAGAUCUUCUAGUCCGUCCCAACAAGGCUGAUGUGCUUCAGUUGGACGGAGGUGGAGUACUGCUAGUGUGGAAGCCUGUUCAGUCUAGUGACCCGGUUACCUACUGCGUGCAAUACUGUACAGAUGGAGGGGAGUGGACAGUCCUGUCGGAGGAUGUGACUGACAGCAGCUAUGUAGCGAAAGAUCUACCCAGAGGAGCUUCAUAUGUUUUCAGGGUAGGUUGUAUCACCAAGACAGGAGCAGGACCUUUCAGUGAUGCUUCUGCCCCGAUUGUCAUGGCAACACACCUUGAAGAUGCAAAUGUUCCUCUCAUCCAGACUGACUGCCUCGGUUCAAAGGUGACUGGGUCAGAAAGUCAGGCAACCCAGAGGAAUUACAAUUUCCUGUCAGAGAUCAACAGGGGUCGUUUCAGCGUGGUCAACUUAUGUCGCGAUGCUGAAACCAGCCAAGUGUUUGCCGCCAAGAUCACGCCGUACCGGGCAAAGCACAGACAGUUGGUCCUGAGGGAAUAUCAGCUGCUGAGGAGGCUUCAUCAUGCCCACCUGGUACAACUGCACACUGCUUACAUCACUUCCUGUUACCUAGUGCUGGUGGAGGAGCUCUGCCCUGGCAAAGAGUUACUCUACAGUCUAGCUGCAAGAGAAGUGUACUCAGAGGCUAGUGUGGCCGAGCUGCUGGGUCAGAUCCUGAGUGCGGUCGACUACCUUCAUGGCCGGCGAGUGGUCCACUUGGACCUCAAGUCCGACAACAUGCUAGUGGACGACGGCAACCACCUGAAGAUUGUGGACUUUGGCUCGGCUCUGUCGUUCACGCCUGGUCAGCCCCUGCACACUGAGCACCUGCAGGGUCUGUCGGAGAGCAAAGAGCGCUGCAGCAAAGAUUAUAUUGUCCUUCCUAAAGCUCCGGAAAUCCUGGACGGACAGGGUGUUGGACCUGAGACUGAUGUUUGGGCAAUCGGAGUUCUCUUGUUUAUUAUGUUGAGUGCCGACAGCCCGUUUCAUGCAGAACAGAGCUGGGAACAAGACAGAAACAUCAAGAAAGGGAAGAUCCAGUUUGGACUCUGUUACCCUGGUUUGUCCGAAGGAGCCUUGAACCUGAUGAAGAGCAGCCUGAAUAACAAAUCCUGGGGGAGACCCACUGCGGCAGAGUGUCUCCAGAAUCCUUGGCUGCGUGCUCAUCGCGCCCCCCACCGAUCACGCCACUCCAAGGUGUGUUUCUCCACCGAUAAACUCAAAGCGUACCUCACGCAGAAGGAGGAGAAGCGAGACCAAGUGCGCACCAAGCUUCAGGGUCCCUUCUUUCAGUAGCGAGUUACCAGAGAAAAAAAUAUGCAAUACAAGCAUUAACAAAGUUGUGUGACAAACAGCUGGCCCCUGAGGGAACUGCGAUGCGUCUUAAAAAGCUGUGUCUCAACUUAUACUGUAGAGCAUCAUGAUAAAAGUUGUUGUUGAAAAUGGUUUAAAUGCAAGCAUCUGAGAGAUAAUGUUCAGUGAGUGAGUUCAGACUUGAUAAUGUUUCUCUCUGCAUGUCACAUUUGAAUUCAAAUAUGACAUUAUUCAGCCUUUUUCUGUUUUCAUGUGUAAAUUUGAUUUUUGUUGUUUGUUUUUUUUGUCGGUUGGAUGUCUCAGUAAUACAAUUUAUUGUGUCAACCAUCUGCUUGGAUGAGUUGCCGGAUGACGGGUGAAAUAAAUGGCAUUGAAAUGACCAGUA